GAAACAUAUAACCCAAAUAUAGCUAGUGUCCCAAAUCAAAGCAUUUAUAUAAUCACAAUUUGGUGAGGUGCAAAAAAUAAUAUUUAGCAUAUAGAUAGAAAAAGUUAUUAGUUAGAUUAUAAAGUUAUGGCUUUCAAUCCACCUCGUUCAUUUAGAACCCCAACUUUCCGGUCACAACUUUCAGUUCGUCGUGUGUAUGAGACUUUCCAGCCUCGAUCAGAGAUGAAGGAAACUCCUGAAGCUCAUAUCCUACAAGUUUAUCUUCUUGGUUUUACAAAGGAUCAAAUGAAGAUUGAAUUGUUGGACACAUCAAGAAUGUUAAGGAUUACAGGUGAACGACCAAUUCAAGGAAAUAAAUGGAGAAAAUUUGACCAAACAUAUCCUGUUCCACAAAAUAGUGAGGCAGAGAAACUUGAAGCUAAGUUUGAACAAGGAACUCUCAUCCUUAAAAUGCAAAAGAAACUCAUUCCACAAUCACAAGUAGCUCCUAAACAAGAAGUGGAAAAAAGUCCACAAGAUCCUUCAAAUAAUAAAGCAAAUGUUGAUGAAACAAAGGUUGAAAAAGUCCAAGAAACCAUUCCACCACCACAAUCUACUAAAUUGGAAGAAUCAACUAAAGACAUGAAAAGUGAUUCACCUCAAACUCAAAGCCUUGAAGAUAAGACACAAAAUGAUAAUGACACAUCUUCUCAAAUUCCUAAAGAAACAUUUAGGAACAAUAGUCCUCAAAAGGGUCAACAAGAAUUUGAGCCAAAACCAAUAUCUAAAGACACACCCAAAAACCAAAUAGAUGAAAAGCCUCAAAAGGAUCAAGAAGAAUUUGAACCAAAAACAACAUCUAUAGAGAGAACCAAAACACAAAUAGAUGAAAAGGCUCAAAAGGGUCAAGAAGAAUUUGAGCCAAAAACAACAUCCAUAGAGAAAACCAAUUCACAAGCAAAUGAAAAGACUCAAAAGCCUCAAGAGGAAGUAGAACCAAAACCUAUGGUAAGAACGGUUACAACUGAAAAAUUAGGGGAAAAGAUAGUAACAAAGAGUGAUGAAGAUGUUGAGAAUGAAGUUAAAGAGAAAAAUGAGAAGCCUUAUGAGUCAAGCAACACAAUGAAAGAUGGGAAGAACCAAAAUUUAAAAGAAAAUGAAAUUGAAAAAGCAGAACCUUCUACUCCAAAUGUUUCACAAAAGGAAAAGGAAUCUUGCUGCAGAAAUUCUCCCAAUCAAGAAGGGAAUAUGAAUGGAAUAAAAAAAUUAGCUGUUGCUUCUUCUCAAUUUGUAACAAGAAUAGCAGAAGGGAAAUUGAGUGGUGAAGAGAGACAUUUAGUUGAAAAUGUAGGUGCUGCAGUUCUAGUGAUUGCUGCAUUUGGAGCCUAUGUAUCAUAUAGGUUUUCCUCUUGAGGGAGAACUAUUAUUAACUAGUUCUACUUGAACAUGAAGAAAUAAUGAACUAUAAGUCAUGUGGCUUAACAACAUCUUAAUCCAUGAUUUUUAGUUUAACUUUUAUCCUAAUCCUAAUAGCAAAUGCAAAGUUGUAAUUAUAUUGCUUGAUUAUUUGUAAAUUAUUACAUUUCCUCUCA